AUUUACUACAGUAGCGAGCUAGUAUCUUGUCUCCAAGUGUUAAUGUUACUGGCAAUAUGUGAGUCAUGACUAUUUUCGCUGUGUGCAGUAUAAGUACCCCCGGCUCGAUCUACUUCGGUGUUUUCUAUCAACUUUGCAGAAAUUGUGACUGGUUAACGUUCAUUUUAAAACGAGUCUCAAAAAAAAUGUAAGCGGUUGGGAAUCACUAGCUAGCUAACUAGUGCUUGCCGAACAGUUGUGCAUGCAACAGCCCACGGGCAAUGGGAAUUGAAUGGUCCCGUUCCUGGUCUAAAUUAGUUCGGUAGCUACAUUUUACACGUCUGAGUAAUCUCAUUAGGUCAGUUUACAAGUAAAAUGGCACGCUAGCAUAUUCUAAUGUGGUUCACUAACGUUAGCAAAAAAAAAAAAAAACUGUUGGCUUGAUUGUUGCUGGUUAACUCAUUAACGUUCGCUAGCUACCAGUUAGGCGUUUUCUAACCCGCCACAGCCGUUGUCAUAUUAAGUAAAAUGCACGUUUCCACUACUAGAUGGCACUGCUAGCCAAGGAACAUACAGAGAAGGAACGGCCAGAUACGUUAUAAUAGCCCGGAAGUAAAGCUACACAGAGCCACAUUUUGAAAUUGAAUAUAGGGAGUAGGGUGGAAAAAAUCGCAUUAAAACACUUUUUAAAUGUACUUUCGGGAAGAGUUGUAAUGACCAUUCAUGUAAUACAUUAAGUAUAUACAUCAGACGGUAUCGGGGAGCUAGUUAAUAGGUUUUUCCACGGGUAUAUUAUUUUCCCAUUUCAAACUUACAUUUUUUUUUUUUAAAUUUCACCUUAAUUUUAACCAGGUAGGCAAGUUCGGGAGAGAAGGUCAGGGAGGUGACCAAGAACUCGAUGACCACUCUGACAGAGACCCAGAGUUCCUUUGUGGAGAUGGUUGUCCUUGUGGAAGGUUCUCCCAUCUCUGCAGCACUCCACCAAUCAGGCAUUUUAUGGUAGAGUGGGCAGACGGAAGCCACUCUUCAGUAAAAGGCUUGGAUUUUGCCAAAAGGCACCUAAAAGGACCCAUACCAUGAGAAACAAGAUUAUCUGGUCUGAUGAAACCAAGAUUGAACUGAAUGCCAGGCGGCACAUCUGGAGGAACCCUGGCACCAUUCCUACGGUGAAGCAUGGUGGCAGCAUCCUGCUGUGGGGAUGUUUUUCAGCUGCAGGGACUGGGAGACUAGUCAGGGUUGAGGGAAAGAUGAACGGAGCAAAGAUCCUUGAUGAAAACCUGCUCCAGAGCUCUCAGGAUCUCAGAUUGGGGCAAAAGUUCACCUUCCAACAGGACAAUGACCGUAAGCACACAGCCAUGACGAUGCAGGAGUGGCUUUGGGACAAGUCUCAAUGUCCUCGUGGCCCAGCCAGAGCCCGUACUUGAACCCGAUCAAACAUUUCUGGAGAGACCUGAAAAUAGCUGUGCAGCUAUGCUCCCCAUCCAACCUGACAGAGCUUGAGAUCAGCAGAGAAGAAUGGCAGAAACUCUCCAAAUACAGGUGUGCCAAACUUGUAGCAUCAUACCCAAGAAGACUCAAGGCUGUAAUCACUGCCAAAGGUGCUUCAACAAAUUUAUGAGCUGUCACUCCUCAUGCCAUGAAGUAGAAAAUAACGCCCCACUCGGCCCAACCGAGAAUUCUACAGCCUGGGCACGGGAUGCCCGUGUGGGGGUUGCGCCCAGUGCACUGCGGCGAGGAGAUGCUGCAGGUGACACUCUACAGCGGCUACGAUAACUUUGACGACACGGUGCGGCUAUACGAGGCGGUGCUGCAAAGGCCGGCAGAGGAGCAGAAGCCGGGGUUCUGUUGGUUCACGCUCUACACGGAGCCUGGGCGGUGUCUACAGCUGGCUCUCAGACAGCCCUCCCCAAGGGUCAAGGUGGAGGCCUGCUACUCAGCAGUGCUGCAUUUCAGGGUGGAGGAGAUGGGUCAGCUUGUGCUCCUGCCCAAUCCGUGCACGCACUGGCAGGCCGAAGACCUGGACGGCAACAAGAUGCGCUUCCAGGUGAAAGCCUCAGUGACCCCUGACCUGUGCCUUCCCUCUGACCUGCCCCACGUCUCGCCCAGAGGGCUACUGAGGAGCGUUGUCUGCACUGCCCCCAGCAGCCCCACACCCUGUAGUCCUGCAGCCAGGUGACCCAGCCGGGGAACUGGCUGCGCACCGACCCAGGCCUGGCUAGGCUAGGUGCCUGCCUUACCUGGGGGUCUGCGGUGUGACAUGGGCUCAGACAGCAACUGCAGCACCCCUCCAGGCAGCUCCUGCUACUCGUCCCAGUGCAGCAGCCCCGCCACGCUAUCCGUCAACCACCCCCACGACUCCUUCCCUCUCUCAUGAUCCACCUCCCAAGCGCGGCCCUCCCUGUCAACCUCCCACCUGCUGCUGGAGGAGGGAGAGCCUGUGGGAGGUGGAGCACGAGAGAGGCUAGCCGCUGUGGGGGGGCCUCUGCCCCGGAGAGCCUAGCGAGGGAGCUGAGUGCCUGUCUACUGGAUGCUUGCACCCCCCACAGGACAUGGGUUGUGAGCAGCCCUACCAAAGCUGCCAGCCCCGGGUGCAAGGCAGGGUCACCAGCCUGGGACAGCAGUGUUAUCAGCUGGGCAUCGCCGGGUCAGAGCUACUCCAGAGAGCCUAUGGGGCCACGGCCUCUUGCUACGCCAGCAGCAAAGGCUCUGUUGUCACCUACACACAGUACAGACCCAAUAGAUGAGUUCUUCAUCUGAUUCAUUUCUGCAGUGUGGCAGGCAGGCAGUUGUAGGAAAUUUUGUCACUAUCUAACAUAAUGUAACUUAGAGAUGGUACUUCCUGGUGCCAGUCUGGGUCUGCGUCCAAAAUGUCACACUAUUCCCUAUGUAGUGCUGGUGGGCUCUAGUCAAAAGCAGUGCCCAAUAUAGGGAAUAGGGUGCCCUUUUGGAUGCAAACUAGCCAGGCUAGGUGUAAAGCCUAUAGUAAAUGAAACAAUGUUACGCCCAGGGAUUUCAGAUACACAAUUACUGUCUAACUAGGCAAGUAUGCAUUUUAUUACCAGUGGAAGUAGAAAUGCAUACAAAUGUGCCGCAAGUGGGUAGGUAGAUAAAUGUGUGUGGUUGGUUAGUUCAUGUAGUUGUCUGUGCACUAUGAAAGCUGAUCUGUGUGGUAGCAUAUCACUGAGUGACCUAAGUCCUUUACCCCAAGGAAGCAAGUCUUAUCAGGUUUGACUCCUGGGUCAGAAGUUAGUAUUGUACAGUCAUUAGCCUAUUUUUCUAGGAUUAACACAUUUGUAUUUCAACAGUAUCUUCUAAUACUAUAACGAAACCAUAGGUUGUGUUGAGUAGACCUUGCCAAACCACUGUGUUGAAAGGACAUAUUUUGAUAAGACGAAUACUAUGGGAGCUGAUAAUUCAUUUAUUUUCGGGGACUGUGGUUAGGAUACAUAUUUGGUCAUCUGUGUGUUCAAAUAUGGCUUGAUGACUGGAAUACAACAAAGGACUCGCGAGCUAAGAGACUCCUUGUCUGAGAUGAUACUCUGUUAAUAAUGUAUAAAGUGUGUGCUGACAUUACCAUGGAAGGCUGUUACAUUGCAAGGCUGUCUAUAACCUAGGACAAGACUAUGUUUACCAAAUUGAUCGUCUAGAGGCCGGUUUCUUAGAUUAGCCUAAACCUGGACUAAAAAGCGUGUUCAGUGGAGAAUCUCCAUUGAGAGUGCCAUUUAGUCCAGGGCUAAGUGUAAUCUGUGUCUGGGAAACUGUCCCUUAAUUUAAACAUGUGAGUUGUGAAAUAUGACUGUUUUAUCAUGCAUCACUAAAGUAAUUAUUUGUA